CUGACGUCAUCUCGGAGGACCAACAAUCUUCGGCGGAAGAGCUCUCGGUUGAAUUUGGUUAGCGGCAACAAGUUGCUGUGCUUUGCCGAUAUUGUUGUGUAGCCUACAGUUUUUACGGAUUUAUCCUGUGUCCACGAUAUUGGUGUGCACCAUGUCUGUGAACUACGCUGCAGGGCUGUCACCCUACGCGGAUAAAGGCGUUUGUGGUAUCCCAGAGGUGUUCGACAGCCCGGAGGAGCUACGAAGUAAAGUGGAGACUCUGGCCAAGCUCGUGCGGGACGCCCGCUACCUGGUGGUGCACACGGGCGCUGGGAUUAGCACGUCUGCGGGCAUACCCGACUUCAGGGGUCCUAAGGGUGUGUGGACGAUGGAGGAGCGCGGUGAGUCCGUGCAUUUCGACACCACCUUUGAGGAGGCACGUCCGAGUCUGACCCACAUGGCCCUGCUGCAGCUGCAGAGGAGCGGACACCUGCAGUACCUCAUCAGCCAGAACGUGGACGGCCUACACAUACGCUCCGGGUUCCCACGAGAUCGGCUAUCGGAGUUGCACGGCAACAUGUUUGUGGAGGAGUGUGGGAAGUGUGGCAAGCAGUAUGUGCGGGAAAAGGUGAUCGGUGUGAUGGGACUGAAACCCACUGGAGGCUACUGUGAGGUGACCCGUUCACGAGGCCUACGGGGGUGCAGGGGGAAGCUGAUGAGUACCAUACUGGACUGGGAGGACUCACUGCCCGACCGUGACCUCAACCGAGCUGAUGAGGCCUCCAGGCGUGCUGAUCUGGCCAUUACGUUGGGAACGUCUCUUCAGAUUAAACCCAGCAGUGAUCUUCCCCUCAUCACCAAACGCAAGGGAGGCAAACUGGUCCUCAUCAACCUGCAGCCCACCAAAUAUGACAAGCACGCCGACUUGCUUAUCCACGCGUACGUUGACGAGGUCAUGGCUCAGCUGCUCAAGUGCCUGGGAUUGGACAUUCCCGAGUGGGAGGGGCCAACGCUGUGCGAGACCUCCCCUGGCGACCCGUUUUCCCCGCCCCUCAACAAACCGAAGACGGAGCUAAAGGAGGAGGAGAAGAAGAAGAGGAAGGUAUCAGAGGAGGUAAAGAAAGAAGAGAAGGAUGGAGAGAUGGAGGUAAAGAAAGAAGAGAAGGAUGGAGAGAUGGAGGAAGCCACAGGUGUCAAACGAGAACAGGAAGGCCCGCCCUCAGAGAGCCCUCCAAUGGGGGAACCCGCAGCAGUGACGGACAGUGGCUCUGAGCCAACAAGAACACAAGCGGGCUGUAACGAUUCAACAUCAGUUAACGGGGCAGAACACGAGUCUUCCUGCCCGGUUCAGCCUUCAGAACCCAAAAAAGCUCGAACUUAGGUUUCUGCUACUUAAACAGACUGGAACACACACACACACACACACACACACACACACACACACACACACACACACACACACACACACACACACACACACAGACACACACAGACACACACAGACUAACAGGACAAAUACUCGCAGACUGACGUUGUCUUGGACUCCUGUUGUGUGUGGCCUGAAUCUGCUCUGAUGUCACCUGGUCCCUUUCCGGUCAUGUUCCAUAAUGGACACGAUUUCUUUGAACUGUCCAUUAAAUUGUCCGGUCAGUAUCUCUGAUAUGCGAAGCCAGUUGUUACCUCGCUCACACACACAUACUUUCAUUCACAUACACUCUCACACUCUCUCAUAGACACACCCACACAUACAAACACAAACAUAUUUACAUUCACAUUCAUUCACACACUCACACACACCCUCACAUUUAUGCACCUGUGAUCUCCUUCAUGAGUUUCUGUCCUGAUUUCCCUCUGGACUGUCUGAUGCUGAUUUGGUUUGUCAUCACAGGUGGCCUGGCGUCUUACCUCUCACCUCAGAGAGAGUGUCCACCACCUGCCGCUCCUUUAUGUGUCCUCUGAUGGUGUGACUGCCUCCCCGUAUGUGUGUGUUUGUGUGUCCGUCCUCUGAGAGUGACACUGCCUCCCUUUUUUUGUUUAUGUGUUGGUGUCCUCUGACCGAGACAAAACCACCUCCUGGUCUAUUGUGUAUAUCGGACUCUGCAAGUUUUUGGGAAUAAUCUGAUGGAAUGCUCAGAUGUUUUGUGUGUCGUGUCUGUGUGUGUGUGUGUGUGUGUGUGUGUGAGAGAGAGAGCAUUUGUAAUUUAUUUCACUAGCUACGUUUACAUGCAACCAUCGGAAUGACCAAUCGGAUCGGUCAAUCGGAUCGGAGGAAGUUUACAUGGCAAGGAGUAUUUUGGAUGCGCGCGUUUACAUGCAGCUUCACACACAUAGCCUGCUUGCAGUUUUGCUCCCCGAGAUGGACGUGAGAGCUUAUAGCCUAUGACGUUUGAGGCGUGAGAUAUUCCCUACUUCCAAUCCUCUGCCUCUGCUUUCUUCUGUUCAAAAGCAACAUCAUAGGCCUAGAGUUUCGUUUCUUUUCCUUAUAAUUAGAAUGACUAAAACGACGAAAAUAUAAACUAAAAUUGGGUCCUCCUAACACACUCACUGGCCGAUUUCACACUGCACAGCAAGUCGGUCAGCAAAUGCUUCAUGCACGGUCAUACAGAAGUAUUCCAAAGCCAAUAAUAUAGCUGAUUAUCCUGUAAUCUGACGGGGUAGCAAACCACCAAAACGUCUGACUGUUCGCUAGUUGUUUUGCAUAGAUAUAUAUAUUGACAUCUAUGGUUGUUUUGCACCUCAGAUGUUGUUUAACAAGUCCCAGCAACACAAAUGCAAACUUGUACGGAAAUGCAUUCAAUCAGGUCCUUGCCGUCUACCUAGCUUCCACACUGUUCUUUCAGACAUCGCAAAAUAUCUGUCUCCACUGUAGUCUCCGAAACAUAGCCUACAGUACCUGUUAAUAUUUGGCUUUCAGAAAACGAGACUUCAUCACUGCAUUUCAGUCGUUGCUUUUACCAAAGCCUACGCAGCUGCCAGUUAGCGUAGCCUAUCCAACUGCCUGCAGCCUAGUAGCCUAGGCUACUUUCUAAACUUCAAAGAUGCUGUCAGAUUUUGUGGUUGUUUUGAAAGUGUCACAAAACUAAAUAGCCUAUUCUUCCGAUGCCAUGUUAUCCGUCACUGUUCAACCCAUAGACCUAAAAGAAAAUAUGGUUCAACCUCACGCCCAGUGCUUAUGUUUACACCUAACCAAAGAUCUUUCAUUACUAGCUUUAAGCUUUAACCCUCUCUGCCUACACCGUGGUGGCUUUUUUGAUAAGAGAAAUAUUGCGCCUCCUUUUCUGAACAUGCGCAGAAGGGAAGAGUAGCAGAGAACGAUCCCGUUCCACCUCUUUCAAUCCGAUCCAAAUUUCAAUCCGAUCGGCGAUUUUCAUUCCGAUUGUCUUGUUUACAUGAAGGAAUUUCAUUCCGAUUGGGCCUGAAUCGGAUUAGAAAGGGUGCAUGUAAACGUAGCUACUGUAUGUGUUUGUGUGUGUUUCCGGUUCAAAUACUUUCUACUAAAAUUGACCUCAUCCUCCUAGCUAUUUCCCACAGUCUUCCUCUGUCUAACUCAAACAGGGUGUGUGUGUUUUCAAACGUUUGUGCUCGUCUAUAGGAGUCGUGUGUGUGUGUGUAUGGACACUGGAACAGUCGUGCCAGAAUCACACAAUCUUUUUCUAUAUUUUGUAAAAAUGGAUCCCACUGUCUUUUCUAGUGUACCUCACAGGAAGGAAUUGAUAAAUAAUCACAGUGAUGA